AUGACACCAUUCUCGUCUUUUGCAUGGAUUUCUGCUUUCCUAUUGUUCUGCCUUUAUGAUCCUGUAUCCUCUGUCGGAUUUGCUGAGGAAUUAUAUUGUGGCUUGGAAAAUUGUUAUGAUGUGUUGGAGAUAAAUCGGGACGACUUUGAUAGAGCAAAGCUGUCUAAAAUCUACCGUUCCUUAGCGAAGAAGUUUCAUCCGGACAGAGUGAAAGAUAAGGCCGCGAAGGUUGAGGCUGAAGCUCGAUUUCGAGUGAUUGCGACUGCUUAUGAGACCUUGAAAGAUGAUCAAACUCGCGCGGAUUACGAUUACUACUUGGAUCAUCCAGAAGAAAGGCUAGUUUCAAAUUUUGUUGAUAGGACUUUUGUUUUUCUGUUCUACAACUACUACCAGUACUACCGACGGCGCAUGGUUCCCAAAGUAGACGUUCGACUUGUUAUUCUAGGGACAAUUUUGUCCAUAUCCCUAUUCCAGUACUUUAGCGCUAAACAAAAGUACUCCGAAGCCAUCGCCUAUGCCGUAACUGUAGGAAAGUUUCGUAAUAUGGCUAUCAAUGCAGGUGUAGAAAGAGGAAUCCUUGAAAUUGAUAAUAAAGGGAAGCUGAAAAAGAUCAAAGGUCAAAACAAUGAAGAUGUGAUACGAAGCAUCAUAGAGGAAAACAUGGACGUCAGGGGUGGCUACAAAAAAGAGUCUGUGUAUGAUACUCUAGCAUGGCACUGCAUAGUGUUUCCAUAUACGGCCUUCGUUUAUCUCUCCUGGUACGCGAAAUGGAUACUUAAAUACUGGAUAAAACGCGAAGAGUAUGAUGAGGAGGCGAAAUUGCAUCUGAUCAGGAAAUAUCUUGGCAUGAGUCAAAAUCAAUUCAAUUGCAUGACCGAUGAGGAACACGACGAUAUGUUGACACGCGAGCUUUGGAUACACGAUAAUUUUAAGAAGUGGAAGGCAGAGAGGGACGCCGAAGAACAAGAGAAGCUUCUUCAAAGUGGCAGGUAUAAAAGGUAUAAGCGCUUUAUGAAGAACAAUGUCGGCACCAUAUCAUUCCUCGAGGACGACUGA